CGAGUCUGCUUUGAGUACCACUAUAACUCCAGGAGAUUAUAAAUUGUACAUGAUGGACAAAACUUCAUAUAAUUAUACAUUUUCAGAAAUAUUCACUAUUUCGAAUAAUAAUCAGUUUAGUUAUGCAACUAAUAAUUCCACUACUCCUAAUAACCCACCCAGUUCCAACCCACCCAGUGCCAGUAAUCUUGAAGGAGUGUUAUUUGAUGCACCUCUAAAUGUUACAGCGGGUUCAAAUAUUGCAAUCACCUGGAGUUAUAGUGGUACUCAAAGCAGACUCGCUGUGUUGGGAAUCAUGAAUUCACAAAAUUCAAAUAUUCAAAUUAUAGAUUCUAAUGUGGACCUUACAAAAAAAAGUCAACCUUGGGUUUUUGUUGUCGGUACAGGAAGUUACAAAUUUUAUUUAAUGGAUAAAAUUUCUUAUGGUUACGCAUAUUCGAAUACAUUUAUUGUUUCACCAAAAUCUGAAG